AUGGAACCAUCUCCUUCUCUUUCCACAAUUUUCCAUGAUCUUUUUUAUCUAAUAAAGAAAUUUCUGGCUUCCGAUGCAGUGCCUGAUUUCUUUUUCACAAUUUUUCAUAAGCUUUUAGAAGUAAUAAAGAAAGUUAUGGCUUCUGACGCAGUGUCUGAUUUCACCCAUACACUUUCAGAGCUAAUAAAGAAAUUUAUGGCUUCUGAUGCAGUCUCUGAUUUCAUCCAUAAGCUUUCAGAUGUGAUACAGAAAGUUAUGGCUUCACGACUCCAUCCCGGAAUCUUCCAACUAUCUAUUAGGAUCUUAUAUUAUCCGAUGCGUUGCCCAAAUAGUAAAUCCUACUACUACCUUAUGGAUUAA